AGGGCGGAGCCCGGGCCGCCGCGGGUGCCGGGGGACGCUCGGCGGCGCGGGACUCGGGUCGCGCGGGUCUGGGGCUCCCGGCGGCGACGCGGGCGGCGGGCCGCUUCCCAGCGGGGGGAAGGGCCUCCGUGCGCCGGCGUCGCGCGGGGUGAGGCCGGGCGCCCAGGAGGUGGGGCCGGGAGGCCUGCGGGCUGCCGGGCCUAGCCUGUCACGUUGCUAGGGUAUUCAUUUUCCAUAUGAAGACACUGAGGCACGGAGAGGCUGACGUCACAUCAGAAGCUUGCCGAGAUGCCCGUCGUGGUAGGAGACAUCAUGAAGCUGCUCUGCUCCAUUUCCGAGGAGAGGAAAAUGAAGGCGGCCGUCAAGCACUCUGGGAGGGGCGCCCUGGUCACAGGGGCCGUGGCCUUCGUCGGGGGCCUGGUUGGAGGCCCACCCGGACUAGCUGUUGGGGGGGCCGUCGGGGGUCUAUUAGGUGCAUGGAUGACAAGCGGACAGUUUAAGCCAAUUCCUCAGAUCCUAAUGGAGCUGCCACCCGCUGAGCAGCAAAAGCUCUUUAAUCAAGCCACCGCCAUCGUCAGGCACCUGGAGUGGAUGGACGCCGUGCAGCUGACCACGCUGGUCAUGGGCAGUGAGGCCCUGCAGCAGCAGCUGCUGGCGAUGCUGGUGAACUAUGUCACCAAGGAGCUCCAGGCCGAAGUUCAGUACGAUGACUAGGUCGUUCCUCCUGGGACGCAGGGGUCUCGUGUACGUGAUUCAGACCCACAGAAGGGGACAGGGGGUUUGGGAAAGCCCCACAUCAUCAGUGUGUUACCUUGCGUGGAAUGAAAGCUGCUGGAGAGGUUACUGCGGCGCGGUAUCAUGCUCUGGAGAUUAUUUAUGAAGAUGUCGUGUUUUGGGGUUGCGCGCACUAAUAUGCACUGACCACCCUGUGGCUGGAAGGCUGGUGAAGAGCGACAUCAGUGACAGCUUUCCGGGUCCACUGUUACUCACAAGGCAGUGUGGCGGAAGGCCCUUGUGUUCCACCUCCCCACCUGUGAAGGAGUCCUGUCCUAAGCACCUGUUAGAGGACGCCUGUCCUAAGCACCUGUUACGGGACCUGUUCCUCCCCUGGGGCCCUGGGUCUCAGGACCUGGGAGCUGGCCCAUGAGGGAAUCACAUUUCCCUCAUGUGCCCCUUCCCUGGCCAGUGACUUCCAAGUGUCCCUUCCACGGAGGGGCGGUCGGCAUGUUGAGUGAAGCCACAACAUCAAGGCCCCCAGCCCUUCUCCCACGUGGCAUACCUGGGCUCUCACCGUCCCAGGGGCUUACUCUCCCCAUCUGAAAAGUCGUGGUAGUUCUUGAGGUUUGCUUUUCAAAUUAAGUACUUUCAGUAAAAAGUGUUGCUCUUUCUGAAUUGAUAGAAUCUAGGAAAUGCGUCCACCCUAAAUUCUCCCUUAAUACUAUAUUCACUUUGUUUUCGGAACCGUAACUUGACUAGGUGUUAUCAAAUUGCAAUAAAUGUUUUCUGAACAGGC